AUGGUCAUCUGCUUCUCGUGCCGCUCUUUUAAUACGCUGCGCAUGGUCGUCGUCUGUUCGGCGGUGUAUCCCGUAGCUUUCGGGUUGACGAUGCUGGCACAGAAGAUAUUCCCCUGUUGCAAUUACGCCAUGCAAUUCUGCGCCAUCUCCCUCUUCUACCUGCUCGCCUGGGUAUGCUUUCGGGUAUUUCCGAUGCUAUUUGGGAAAUCGUCGAAGGAAUGGUUUUCCUUUGUCUCGCUGUUCGUCAUCGUCAACUCUGGGGCCAACGGGUUCACGUAUAUUUGUAACAAUAAGGAGCGCUAUGAAAAUCGAAAAAUUUGCGGCUGCUGGCUCCCGAAUCAAUGGGAUACGAUACACUGUGAAAUGGAUGGGAUGAAGAUCCAAAUUUGCUGUCGGACUCCCGAAGAACUAUUCGCGUUGAUUCUGACGAAGGGGCGACACGGGAGCGGGCAAAUGCGCCUCGAUAUCGUCUACAACCAGUUUGGAGCGCUCAAAUUACCCUUGACGAUAGCGAACGGACUGGCAUUGAGGGCCACUUUCGAUCGGCUGCACGAAGAAAAUUGUUUUCGAAUCGUCAACAAGAUUACGGACGUACUCAGCGGAGCCUCAGUCAUUUUCCGGCCGCUCGGCUCGACGGAGGAAGAGCUGAAAUUCUCCCACAAUCUGAACCUGCUGAAGAAGCCGUUCCGCGGCGAAUAUCGUCUCUUAUUUAUCGACGGAGAGUACGCCAAGCUACGCACCAGAAUACGUUGCACACCGGCUGCGGAAGCGGUGGAAUUCACGACGCAUCAUGUCUGCCGCGUGGCGUAUGCCCUCCGAAAUAUGGGCCCCAUCAAAUGCAACUGUAAAACGCCGUAUCCGAUGAGGCUCGAUUUGGUGAAGAACCACGACUACGUGAGCGUGCGUAUCCACUCUGAUUCGCGGGCCGGUCGCGUGCUAUCGCUGGCUUUUCUGAAAAUCGCCCGCCACACCCUGCAGCUGGCCCUGAAAAGCCGGAGGCGACGGCUUGUCGUCUGCACGGCGCUAAUCCGGAAACCAAUGCUUUGCUGGAACCUCUACACAAAAAUAGUCAAUAAAGUCGGGAAUUUGCUGCGGGAAAACUGCCGGAUUUACAGCGUUUCGUCGACGAAAGCGAUGCAUCUCCGCGGUGACUACGAUGUGAUCCAAAUGUUCUACGCGAUCAACUACGGGCCCGACAUCGAGCUGAUCGAGUGGGAGGCGAGACGGUUGUCCUUCAUUCGGCCCCUCGAACGAUUGAAACAGCGAUGGCCACUUCCUGGCGUCACUAAUAGCUUGCAA